CAAACACUUUCAUGACUCCGCACCGUCUGAGCCCACACACUCCGGGGAGGGAUUAGACAAUGAUGUCAUAAAAUGGCGGCGGUGUGUACUCCACCGGACACGUAUUGGGUCAAGAUUUUCUUUUAGGUAGUUCUUUAGACACAAAGUAGAUCAACUAGAAACAGGGGCCAGCGUGCAUUAUUGUGAUUUUUUUUAAAAAUACUCUGGCCGUUCAUAAAUCAGAGGCUCAGUCUAACGUUAGGUGACGCUGAUUUGACUGAACCUUCUAGAGAGCCCAGAGUGGGCUGGAAGCUUCCACAAGUCGGAAGAACACAACCAGCGAGGAGCAAAUUUCUGUUAUAGGGGAUGGAGAUAGACUGUCAACCUGAGGAGUCCAUUGUCUCUUCAUUUGAUGAGGACUGCGUUGAUCUUGGUGACGUCAAGGACAUGAGAUUGGAGGCAGAGGCAGUGGUGAAUGACGUUCUCUUUGCCGUCACUGAAAUGCACGUGUCACAAAGUCUCAACAGUGCGUCAGAUGUGGCCUACAUAAAUGUGGAAACAAGAGAGGGAAAUCGGUAUUGUCUGGAGCUAACAGAGGCAGGACUGAGGGUGGUGGGCUAUGCUUUCGAUCAAGUGGACGAGGAUUUGAGCAACCAGUAUCAUGAGACUGUUUACUCGCUUCUGGACACGCUGAGUCCGGGUUACAGGGAAGCCUUUGGGAAUGCUUUGCUCCAGCGGCUGGAGAGGCUGAAGCAAAACGGACGAUAAAUAAAGGGACCAGGAUGCUGCAUAAGUUGUACAAGUGAAACAGGGGCUGAUGAUGUGGGUGUAUUUGGAUAUGAGCCAAUAAUAACCAAGUCUGGUCAGAUAUUAUAGCCUAUUAUGUAACGUCCACCUGCCUAGCUCCCACUACAAUAAGGGGCACCCUGACCUAUCAGCUUUGCUUUGUUCCCAGUUUCAUAUCAUUGAACAACUCCAUGUUUGAUGCUUAAGUUUAGUGACUGCUAGGGAUUGGCUGUACCAGACCUGUUGCAACAUUGUGUUGUUGACUUUAACCGUGGAAAGAUCUUUCUGCUUCCACGUUACAAAUUUGUAACUGUGCACAUUGUUUAAGAAUUCUGCCCAUUUUUUACUCAUCGAAAUGAUCUGAGAAAGACGCAGUAAGUUGUAUAGAUAGUAAUUCAGGUUCCCCCUCUGCCCUGCUUGCAUUAAAGCUGGGACCUGAUGACUGAUAUCAGCUCAAGCUGGAAGGCAAAAUCAGUGCUAGUAGUACCUCAAAAGUAGUUGGAAUCAAAAAAUAAUUAUUGACCAUGCUAAAAGAUAAGUUUUGAGUGAGGAAAAGAAGGG